AUGAUCACUAUCGCUGAGUACAUAUUAACCCGGCUCAGGCAACUAGGCGUCCAGCACAUGUUCGGAGUCCCCGGAGAACUCAACCUGGCUUUCUCUGACAUCAUUGAGGAUCAUACAGAAUACAACAUCAAGUGGGUUGGAGGCUGUAAUGAACUUAACUCGGCAUAUGCUGCAGACGGAUAUGCAAGAGUGAAGCAGUCCCUCGGCGUACUUUUGACAAUUUUUGGCCCUGGAGAACUCUCUGCCAUGAACGGCUAUGCAGGAGCUGCUUCGGAGGAUGUUCCUUUGCUUCAUAUUGUUGGCGUACCCAGCACGAUUCAGCAAAAAAAUCAGACUUUAGUCGACCAUACGUUGGGUGAUGGAAGAUAUGAUGAUUUUAGCAGAGCCGCCCGGCAGAUGGCGUAUCCUCAGGCGAUUAUUGACAAGAAAGAAGAAGCAGCCUCGAAAAUCGACCGAAUUCUCAUUGAAUGCAUUUCAAAUUCCCGUCCAGGAUAUCUCGCAUUACCUACUGAUCUUGUAACACAAGAAAUUUCAUCCGACUCGCUACAAUUUCCAUUGAGUCGAUAUGUUGCUCAGAACGACCCCGCAGCGGAAAAAUUCGUUGUGGACCGAAUCUCCCACCUUUUUGGUCAGUCCAUGGCGCAAGGAGAGGAAGCAGUGGUCCUCGUAGACUUGGGUGCUAUCCGGCACGAUGUUGUCAAGGAAGUAUACGAUUUGGUGAAUAGAACAGGGUUCCCUGUCUUCUGUACUCCCAUGGCAAAGACCGCUAUUGACGAAACCUAUGAGCGUUAUGGAGGUGUAUACUGGGGCUCAAUCCUGUCUAGGCCGGAGGUCAAGGAGAAAGUCGAGAACGCGAACAUCGUCUUAUCAAUUGGAUCUUUUAUAUCAGACUUCAACAUGGGUAACUUCAACUACAACAUUCAGACAAGCCGACUAAUUGAGUUGCAACACGAUCGUACAAAUAUCCAAGGCACGAUGUUCCCCGGAGUCGGUAUGAAGCAGCUCAUUCCCAAACUCGCAAACCAGCUCCAUCAUAUCUGCAACGAAAUUAGCAAAACAGCCGUCGCAAAGUAUGUGAACAUAGUACCACAAGAAAGCGACGACGCAAUCACAAAUGCUUGGUUGUGGCCACGAUUCGGCGAAUUCUUCAAGGAGAAUGACAUUAUUCUAGCCGAGACUGGUAGUCCUCAGUACGGGAUUAUUGAUAUUCCUCUACCUAAGGGGUCUGUUUUGCUGUCUCAGAUGCGAUGGGCCAGUAUUGGGUGGACUGUCGGAGCAACACUUGGUGCAUGCUUGGCUGCUUCUGAAUCUACUACACCAAGGCGUAGUAUUCUUCUAGUAGGCGAUGGAAGCUUGCAAAUGACCGUUCAGGAAUUGUCUUCGAUCAUUCGUGCAGGUUUAAAACCCAUCAUCUUUGUAUUCAACAACCAUGGCUAUACCACGGAACGCAUGCUGCACAGGGAAAGCACACAAAAGAAAUAUCCGGACCUCGCGCUCUGGGACUACGCUGGCCUGCUCAAAGUACUUGGUGACUUAGACGGAACUCGAUCGCGGUCAUACAAAGCUCAUACUAAGCAAGAACUUUCUGCGCUCUUGAACGACGAGAAGUUCGGGAAGGGCGACACAUACAUUGAGCUGGUGGAGAUAUUCUUGGAUAAGCUGGAUGCUCCUUACGCUUUGACGAACUGGCCGAAGGCUGGAACAGCGCCUGCGAGGAGAUCUAGAGCUUAG